GUAGUUGACAUUAUAAAACGAUAAAUUUGAUUAAAAAAAUUUGAAAAUAAAAUCAAGUCAAUUAAGUAAAUCAAAACAAUUAAUAAUUAGGUAAUCUAACGCAACCAUAAAUUGGUCAAUCAAUCAGGUGAUCUGACAUAUCUCUUAAUAAAUCAAUCAAUUAGGUGAUCUGGCACAUCAAUUAAUCAAACAAUUAAUUAGAUUAUCUGACAUAUCUAUUAAACAAUCAAUUAAUCAAUCAAUUAGGUGAUCAGACAUAUCUAUUAAUCAAACAAUCAAUCAAUUAGGUGAUCUGGCGCAGACAUUGAUUGAUCAAUCAAUUAUGCUGCUUCGGCACAGCAAGGAGUUUAACAAGAUUUCUCUCAGUGACCAGACUGAGCUACUUGAAUCAAAUCUGAUGACGAUUACACUGCUCUCAAUAUUUGAGGCAUACAACAGCAGUACCCACACUGUACUCUGGAAACUGACAGAACAAGAUUUCAACUUCUUAGCAAAAGAAGGAAUUAAGGUUCCCCAUGGUAGGGUUGUCUUUAGCCUCUCUGAUGCACUGAACAAGGUUGAUACGGACCUAACAGAUGAUUUGACAAAACUUUUCAAUUUUUUUGAUUAUUUUUCUCAAAUUGGGCUUCCACGUCCUUCCCUUUAUCUUCUUCUUCUUGUUGUGGUUUUCAAUCAGGAUUGUGUUGAUGUGAAGAAUAAGGAGGACGUGGAAAGUACAAGAAAAUAUUUUUUAUUUUCACUUUUUGAAAGCCUUGUUGCUUCAGAGGGGGUUCUGGGAGCAUGCUCCAUAGCAGCGAGGUUGCACACUGCUUUGAAUGAUCUCAAUCGAAUCGCGCAUAUUCUCGGCCAGAAAUUUAUAGAUGUGGAGGAAAGUUAGAAGAGAUAGAAGUGUGACUAGGAAUACUAGUUCAAUGGGGAAAUCUUUUAUUUCGCUAAAAAUUUCGCAUUUUUUUUACAUUCAGUUUUUAAGAAAAAUGCGAAAAUUAAUUUGUUUCGCUAUAAAAACAAAUAAUGAGAACGAAAUUUUUCGCGAAACAGAUAAUAGCGAAAUUUUUGCACUUUUUCUUUCGCGAAAUUGUCGGAUAUUUUGCUGUUUUUCUUUCCAAAAAAUUCCGAAAAAUUCAUUUUUGCAAAAAAGUUUGCCAAUAUGAAAGAAAAUUUUCGCGAAAUUUCGCACAUGUUUUCGUUAGCUGGAAAUCUUAAGUGUGACUGAGCUUUAACACAUUUUUGUCUAAAACAAUUAUUUGUUUUUAUACAACACAUUCCUUUAAUUGUUAACAUGUAAGGUAGAAAAUAUUUGGAUAAAUUGUGCAAAAGUAUACUUUUAUACCAGAAAAAUUAUGUAAUCCAAUAUUUAUCUUUUUUCUGUAAUUAAGAAAAAAAAUUUACUUUUUUAAAUAAGUCUUAUAAUACUGUAAACCCAUGACUUAGCUUAUUUAAAAAGAAUAUUUAGAAUUAACUUCUUGUUGAAAUGUUUAUUGUCGGUGUUUAAAUUCUUAUUCACAUUUUUUUCUAGUAAAUUCAGAAUAUAAUGUAAUGCUAUUUAAGAACUGAACUAAGGAACACACAACCAUCACUUUACAAUUUUAUAUUAUUGUCAGAAAACAAACAUUUUUUGAAAUUUUAAAAACUUAUAGUUCUUGGUAUUUAUUCUUUUUAAUUUUUACUCAUUAAUAAAGAUAAAUAGUGACCAAGAGAGUCCUAAAAAGUGUUAUUUCUGUAACAUUUAAAAAUAAUUAAAAAGAACCUAAGAAAUUAUAAAACCCUUCAUUUUGAUUUUUGACCAACACGUCAAAAUUGAAAUUAAUAUUAAUUUUUUUUUUCUGAAAAUCGCUGUAAAUAAUUCCGUACUAACAUGUUUUAACUUUAAUACUCAAAUGUCAAUUAUUUUUAUUGAGCUUCAUCUAUAAUC